CCCCAAUAGACCCUCCGGAGAACAAUGUUGGGCGGCGGCCAUGUUGACUAGCAUGUAAAUGUUUUGGCUUGUCAGCGACUAAAAUUGACUCUAAAUUUUCGCACGUCGUGUCAAGACGAUUCUAAGUUUGCUGCGAACAUCUUAGCACUUGAGUGAAGAAAGUCAUAUUGUCUUGACGCUUUCUGUAAGGUCCAAGAAUCCGGCGGCGGUGAUUUGCGCUUGCCGAAACAGGUGCUCCUUGUUGCACUGUCAAGUUUCAGUUCCGCAAAUUUUGUUUUUGACUAAUAUUUGAAAAUCACGAAGAAAGAUGAAGACAGCAGUGAUAGUCUUAUUAUCAGCCCUUCUUUCGACCAUAGUGUUCACAUCAGGUGAGAGACUGAAUGACUUUAUCAGUCAUUAUGAAGGACUCAGGUACAGUACAGAGACUCUACAGGCCAAACAUGAGAGAGUCAAGAGGGCGGCUAUGGGGGAGGCCACGCCUGAGGAUGUGCACCUGGCAUUCUUUGCACAUGGAAGGGACUUCCAUUUACAACUGUCACCUGACAACAGUAUGUUCAGUAAAGACUUCCAACUGGAAACUAGCGAUGGUGUCCAACAGAUAGACCUGUCUCACAUCUACUCUGGCUAUCUGGCUGGUGAACCCGGCACCACUAUGUGCCAUGGCAGCAUCAUCAAUGGCAGGUUUGAAGGCUUCAUCUACACACCACAAGGUGACUACUACAUCGAGCCCGCCGAACGCUACAACACGAGCGCCGAUGUCCACUCCGUCAUUUACAAGGCAGAGCACGUAGAGGACCCCCUGCCUGGACACAAAACGGGAUGUGGCGUCCACGGAGACUAUACGUUACACGAGCCCAAAUCUGUUUUCCCGCCCGAAGAGGUUGAUGAUAAUGAGGUUAACGACCACGAGUACAACAAGUACGCUGAUCCCCACAAGCGCUACCGUCGACAGACAGUACCGACCAAGAACACGUGCCAGAUAUACAUCAUGGCGGACCACAAGUUCUAUGCAUAUUACGGUACAUGGGAGGCGGCGGUGGCACAGCUCGCAGCACAUGUGAAAGCUGUUAACGCCAUCUACCGGCCGCUCGUGCUGGACGACAAGACGGGAUAUGGUGUAGAAGUCACAAGAAUCAGGAUCAACACCACAGAGGAUGCCCUGCAGACUGACAACCCCUUCAGGCCGGAUAACAUUGGAGCAGAAGCUUACCUGGACCUCCUGUCUAACUACAACCACAACCCCUACUGUCUGGCCUAUGGCUUCACUGACAGGGACUUUGAAGGCACUCUGGGACUGGCCUGGGUUGGGAGUAUUUGCUCCAGGUACCUGAGUUACAGUGGGAGGUACCAGUCCAGAAACACAGGCCUUGUCUCAGUGCAGCUGUAUGGAAACCAUGUCCCACCUAAAGUGUCACACAUCACAUUCGCCCAUGAAGUCGGCCACAGCUGGGGAUCACCUCAUGAUCCUGAGGGGGCGUGCUCCCCUGGUGGAGAGUUUGGGAACUACAUCAUGUUUGCCCAAGCCACGUCAGGCGACAAGAACAACAACAACAAGUUCUCCUCCUGCAGUUUGGACAGCAUCCGACGCACCGUGGGGUCAAGGUCACAGAGGUGUUACAGGCCUGCUGAUAGUGCCAUCUGUGGUAAUGGCAUUGUUGAGGAAGGGGAGCAGUGUGACUGUGGGUAUCAGGACCAGUGUGACAGGAUGGGGGAUGUCUGCUGUAACGGCCAGUUUCAGGAGGGCUCACCGAUCGCAUGUACUCUCAAACAAGGCGCAAUCUGCAGCCCUAGCCAGGGAACCUGUUGCAACACCACAUGUACAUACAACCCGAGCAGCUUCCAGUGUGCAGAUGAGAGGGAGUGUGCUCACACAUCCUACUGUUCCGGUGUCAGCUCCUCCUGCCCCGACCCAGCACCCAAACCUGACCUCACUACCAUGUGUAGUGAGGGAACACGUGUGUGCCUCGAUGGGCAAUGCAGUGAGUCUGUGUGCCGUAGGUACGGGUAUGACAGGUGUGAGUGUAAGAGGAACUCUGAUGGCACCAACGAGGAGGAACUGUGCCAUGUGUGCUGUCAACAACAAGGACAACCAGAAACUUGCCGUAGCAGCAAGUAUUUCCCAGAGUUCAAUGCUGAGUCCCCGCUUACGCUGGAGCCCGGUAGCGUGUGCGAUGACAACAAGGGUUACUGCGACAACCUUAACCGCUGUCGGGAGGUCGACAUUGACGGACCACUCGCCAGAAUCAAGAAACUAGUGCUGUAUGGAGCUUCAGAUUGGGCCAAGACGUACUGGUGGGCCAUCCUACUCAUCAUCAUCGGAAUCGCAGGAAUUGUGACAGGAAUUAUCUUCUGUCUCAAUGCUGUGGUUCCCAGUAGUAUAGAGGCAGCGAAAGCCGAAGCGGCGGGAUUGCGUUGAGAGGACAACUGGUGGUCAUUCCUACUGUUAUCAGUAGGGAUAAUCAUGCUUGUUGUUGGCGUGACUUGUUGCCUCAACGCAGUCAUCCCCAGUAGUAUCGAAGAAGCAAAAGCAGAGAGAGCUGGACUACGUUAAAUCUGGAUGGAACACUAAUUACACUAUACACUAUACUGAUCAUGAAAACGAUACAUGUUGUACAUGAUUUUUGUUAUGAAACUGCAUGAUUGAAGGAGCAGAAGCAGAGAAAUCUAAACUAUUGAUUAAUCUAGAAAACAGACGAUCAAUGUUGCUGCUGUGUUAGGGGCUUUAAAAUGAAUUGCCGUGAUUUGUAAAACUAGAUAAAGGUGUGUGUGUGCAAAAAAUUAUUAGAUAUGUUCCUCGGAUUUAGAUGUGCAUCAUGAGCCCAUGACAGGAAAAGACAUGCAUUAUCAGAAGUAAAAAAAAAAAGAAUGCAAACUGUUAUAGUGCUAAGAACAUUGACCAUAGCAUUUUUACAUACUGUCCAUCUGGAACAUUGCAUAAAUGGCCUAAACCUAGACUAGAUUUAGUGACUUCUUAAGAUGGUUAAGGAGUCUAAUGACUUUUAUCUGAUUGUGGAAAAAGGAAAGGAAGAAAUACUACAAAGACUUGAGACUGAUUAAUGAUGAUUUAAAAAAUAACAACAAAGAUUCAAAGACUGUUAGAAAUCAAAACUAAGAAAUUUCACUAAGACUUAGUGUACAAUGUAUAUCUAAAGCAGCAGUCCCUCUAAGGGAGUGUUUUUGCAUGCAUGUGGCGAUAUUGCUGCACCUUUUUUUGUACCGUCCAUAGUUAAUAAUUGAACAACAAAAAUGUGUAUAGAAAAGGAAGUUUCAAAAAUGAUAAGUACCGGUAAUUAUUUUUACCUACUCAUUUGACCUAUGACAUUGCAUGAAGAAAACACCCCACCAAUCAUGAUAAACUAAUUCAAAAAUUAUCAAAGCUACAAACAAUGACUGCCUUAAAAGCACAAAAAAUGUAUUUCAAAUAGUCAACAAUGUGUUUCAAAACGUAGGACUAUCUUUCUCCAUCACAAAAUUGUAGGACGCUUGUGUCAAAAGUGUGAUGUGAUUUAAAAGGACUAGAAGAGACUUAAACUUUGAACUAUGCAUUUCAUUGUAGUGCAAUCAAUAACAAAAUUGUCUAGAUCUAUUGUCAUUUUUUUAGAUACUUUGAAAUACGUGUAAGAUAUCGUGUUUCUAGUCAAAUAGUUAAGAUUUGUUACCUGUAGAUCUAUGUCAAUUUCUGUUUGUACUCCCUUUGUUGUAAAUAUCAUUUCAAGUUUCAAAAUUCACUCUUAUAUUAGACAGUAUAUGUCACAAACAUUGUUCUCUCUUGCAAACAAAACUUUUUGCAAUUUAUUACAAGCACAAGCUUUAAGUAACUUUAUAAGAGUAAAGGUUUUACUGGCUAAUAGUGAUUGCUAGAUACUGUAAACAUAAAGUUGGACCUCAAUGUGAGUAAGGCUUUCAAACAUGGAAUAUGAAUAUUCACCACUGAAUAAUGUUUUUGCACGUAAAUGUAGAAGUAACAAUUGUGUGAAAUGAGCUAAUGAUUCUAGUUGCCUUAGAAUUUGUGGAACUCGCAACAUACUAGUCACUAGUAUAUGCACAGCACAGAUGUUUUAGAAUUGCACCUAUUGGAAGAGAAAUUGCUCAUGUCCUUGAAUUGUCUGAUUGAAUAAAGACUUUUCACGUCAAACGCA